AUGUCUCGUUUGCCCGACAAUGGAACCUGUGACGGUGCAACAGCGCUACCGAGCUUGGCACCUCCGACUGAGCUUCUUGCAGCCCUCAAUCUGGAUCAUUCCGUCCACGGUGUGGCUCUUCAAGCGGGACAACUCCUGACUCAAGACACUAGCUCAGCGUGUUCCAUCGCCGACACUACAGAAGCACCUGGGGCUGUAGCCCAAUCUCCUACUUUGGGAAGGCUGGAUCUCGUAGUAGCCUUGGUGUCGCAAUCUGUGCAACCGCCUCUGGUCUCUGCUAUGGAGCUGCUACCAACAUUGCCAGCUCCACCGUUCACCAUGGCGAACCCAGCGGCACCAGUUGACCCACUAGAGCUGGUCAUGUUGGCAAUGCCGCCGCUGCCGCACCGGCCGACUACAGCUACGUCGCUAUCGCCCACGGUCCAGGCAACUGUGGAAAGUGAUCAAAAUUCGAUCUCGUCUCGGCCGAUGCACUUGCUUCAGUCGGCGCGCUCCCCAUCGAUGGUUCUAGGCUUCGGUUACACCGGGCAAGCCCCCGACUAG